UUCCCUGAGAGGCCAAGGGUCACCACAUCAUCAUGGCUGAGUCUAGGAAGCCCAUCCUCUAUUCCUAUUUCCGAAGCUCCUGCUCAUGGAGAGUUCGAAUCGCUCUGGCCUUGAAAAACAUGGACUAUGAGAUGAUAACCAUCAACCUCACAAAGGAUGGGGGGCAGCAGUUCUCUGAAGAAUUCCAGGCCCUGAAUCCCAUGAAGCAGGUGCCAGCCCUGAAGAUUGAUGGAAUCACCAUUGGCCAGUCACUGGCCAUCAUUGAGUACCUGGAGGAGACCCGGCCCACGCCGCGACUCCUGCCUCAGGACCCAAAGAAGAGGGCCCACGUGCGCAUGAUUUCCCACCUCCUGGCCAGCGGCAUCCAGCCCCUGCAGAACCUGUCUGUCCUGAAGCAAGUGGGACAGGAGAACCAGCUGACCUGGGCCCAGCAGGCCAUCAGUUCUGGCUUUAACGCUCUGGAGCAGAUCCUGCAGAGCACAGCAGGGACGUACUGUGUGGGAGAUGAGGUGUCCAUGGCUGAUCUGUGCUUAGCGCCUCAGGUGGCAAAUGCUGACAGGUUCAAGGUGGAUCUCACUCCCUACCCUACCAUCAGCCGUAUCAACAAGUCACUGCUGGCCUUGGAGGCCUUCCAAGUGUCUCACCCCUGCCGGCAGCCAGAUACACCCCCUGAGCUGAGGGCCUAGCUCUCAAACCGCGCCCACUGGUGCAGGGGCCGGGAGCGGGUGCGGGAGCAGAAGCUGCAUGGGCUGAA